UGGAGCACCUACAACUUCUGAAGGCAAGCUAUUCCACUGAUUAAUUGUCCUCACUGUUAGGAAGUUUCCCCUAAAACUUUAAUUUAUUAUAAGGUUAGUAACUGCCCAACUGCUACAUCAAAUUUGUAUGUUUUCUUGGCUCAUUUAAGCCAAUUGUGAUCCAUUAAUGCAGGCAAUUAUGUGUUCUGACCUUUCAAAGGCUUGAGACUUGAGGUGCAAUCUUCAGCUUCAAACAUAAGCAGGCUACAUGAGAUUUGAUGAAUCAGAGAUUAAGCUAGUUAUAUUAACAAUUACUUUUGAAAGCAGAAAAACACUUCUAGAGUGCUGAUCAUGAAAAAAUCAGUAUUUUUGAAGAACCAUGUUACGUUUGUAUUGUGAGGCUGUACUAGGCAGUUUUUCAUGACAAAAUAAUCUCUUUUGGAUGAUAUCUUUUAUGCCUAUAACAACAAACUUAUCCUGAGCUUGGAAACAGAAGUCUAUGAUGCAACUAGGGAGAAUCAGUUUAUGAAAAAUCGGUUUAUUCAUUGUUUCUUAGAUGAAAGAUCUCAAGUAUUGUAAUUUAGAAUUGAAAAUUAAGAACUGAUACAAGAAAUGUUAUUUGCUGAGGAUAAAAAUUACAUGAGCACCCUUUUAUUUUUUAAUAUGAGAGUAUUUUAAUUGCUGUAUAGGGCUGUCAAGCAGGAAUAGAAUAAAACAAAAUAUUUGCACUGUAAAUUGUAAGCUGCUUUAAUAAUUUGUGUUAUGAAUUGAAAAAUAUGUACUUUUACUUUGAUUUUUCUUUUUAAAAUAUUUUCCCUCGACUUUUCAUUUUAUUUCAGGGAUGCACAAACUCUGGGGUCCAAAGAUUACAACUUGUUUUUAAGUAGUGUGCUUAGGGCAGCACUUCAAAAACUGAACAGGACCAAGGCAUUGAUAAAGGCAAAUAAAAUUGCAAUAUAAUUAAAUGAUGUUAUUUUCCAUGUAUUUUAUGACAGAGUCUGUCUAUUUAAUUUUGCAGCAGCUAGCUCUCCAGAGCUAAGCACAAGUACCUACAAUAUAGUUACUUAUUCUCAGGAGAAAUCUGGGUUUUGCCUUACAUACCAGUCAGGCUUUUCAGUAGUGGAAUAUUGACACACCUAUGUCAUUCAGCUUUUAACUUAACAAUACCUGUGAUGAGUGUUCCAUACAUGCACUUAGUUCUCUUUCCCCUUUCCCACAAAAAUUGUGCCCCAUGUAUUAAACAGUGUUUACACUGGAGAAGCUAAGGCAGUUAAAGUUUUAAAAUUCCUGUGAAGAAAAGAAAACAACUCUGAGCAUUGACAUUACAACCCAAAAGAAAUCCCAUAUCACAAGUAUUAUAUUUUGAAAGUAAAUUUGUAUCACACUUAAUGUAAAUUUUUCUCAGAAUUGACUUGAUUUUCUUAUAAAAUUGCUAUAGUUUUCACUAUACUGUAGUGAAGAGAUUGCUGUGUUUCUCUGGGAAUUGUGAUGCACUUAGAAUAGUAAAUAAUCUAAACCUUUGUAUUAGUUUUAGGAAAAAAUCACAGCUAUCCUAUGCUGAGAGUUAUGUAAAUUCCAAUUGGUAUUGUACGAAUUAUUAUAAGAUAAUUGUUCAGUAGCAAUUGAAGACAGUUCUAUCUGUCUUCAGAAGACCUAUCAUUUAUGUAUCAUAGAACCCCAAAUGCUUCAUAUAAUACAAAAUAUUUGUGCUUCUGUCAGCGGUGUUGUAUGCAGGAAUACUUGGGCGUCAUCUGAUUCUUUAUCAAUUAAAGCAUUUGCAUUACUUUGCUUGGAGGGGAAAAAAGAAAAAUUUGAACUAUUCUGGCAUGGUCAUGUAGAUUGGGCAAAGUGAUCUUUUAGACAUUGCAUUGAAAUUACAGUUUCAAACAUCCCUCGUUAUUGAUAUGAAUUAUAAAAGUCAUAAGAACAAUGUCCAGAGAUCUUCAAUUCAUUGUAUAUUUAAUAGACUACCAUAAAUGACCUUUAUAUUAAAUUAUAAAUGUUGCAACUUGUAAUUUUAUUUCAAAUUACUCCAAAAACGUAUGUUGGUAUGCAAAUUCAAUAAAGCAGUAUAACUUCCAAAAUGCCAUCAUUUAGCCACAUUAAUGCGGGUACUGAGUUUUACGUUAAGCUUGCUCUAACUUUUCUUCUAUUUGUAUUUUGAUUUAUUAGAGGGAUGGGGUAAUAAAACAAGUUGAGAAAUAACUAGAGUACAGAUAACUAAACUCAGGGAACUUUCCAAAGCCAAGAAACAUUCAGAAUUGUCAAUUACAUAAAGCUGAAAGGGGAAUACUGUGAUCUAUCCUCUAAUACUCUAUCCUCAAAGCUACUGAUCAUAAAGCAGUGAGUUGAUUUUGCAAAAAAGCUGGUAGGCUAGAUGUGGUUAGUACAUGAUAAGUUACCAGAAAUCUCAGACCCGAAGGCUCAACUAGAAAAUAAAUAGAAAAUUACCAGAUGAUGGCAUUGGCAAAUAAAUCAUCAAACAAACUGCAUUGACAUGUCCAUGUCAGUAGCACUGGAGCUUUUCUUAAAAAAUUGAAUAUUGGAUACAGCAGGAUACAAGUGGAUGGCAAGAAACAAUUUACAGAGUAGGUUGAGUUACUUGGGUUAGGGAAAAAUUCCUUUAAAUAUUUCUCUGUAAAGAUUGGAUCCCUUAAGUUGAUGGAUGCUAAAUUUCUUAGGUAUGUCUUAAGAAGCCUGCAGAUGCAGAUAAGUCAGUAAAGUCAGUAACACAAAAGUCCAAGGUUUUUGUUUAAAGAAGUCUAUAUCAGCCUUUCAUUUUCAGAUCAUGUUUCUAUUUUGCUUUCUAUCCCAACUUCCAACUAUUUCAGAGCAAAUGACUAGUGCUUUUUUCUUAGAACAAGGGUACAUUCAUGAUUAGUCUUUCUACACAGUUUUAUUGCUACCGUGUUUUCAGAGUAUUUUCAUAUCUAUCAGCAACACCGCACUUGUGUUUUCCAGGCUGCUACUUAUCAAUAAAUUCUCAGUUUAGUUAAGAAGGGUUUUUUAAAAAUUGGAAUAUUUCUGCUUAAACAUGGAAUUUAUCUAGGUGACUUUUAGAUGUAUUUGAUACAAUUCCUGUCGUGUUUGUUCACUGGAUGUAUUGAUUGAGGAGAUUGUAGGGAUUUUUGUGCCACUGCAGCUAGAACAAUGUCAUAAUGUGGAGACCCUCCACAAGUUGAGAAAGAAAGGCAUAAAAAUGAACUUUUCAUUGUCAGUUAUAAUUGAUCAACAGUAGUAUUAUGCACAAGCAGAAUCAAUGUUAUCAUUCUGUAAUAAAAGACUUAUUGUGCAUAAGGAUACAUAGCAUAAUGCAUACUUUUUGUAAUCUGGCAUAAUUGUCAUGAAUGCCAAAGUUGUUUAUCUAAGCUAUUAACAGAGAGCAUUAUUUUGUGUGUGUGCAUUUGAAGUCUGCUUUGUGUUGUGUUCUGUACACAGGAAAAAUCUUUCUAUAAAUACUGUACUCGAGUGUGAAAGGCCACAUUCUGGAAGUAAGUUUUUAAAAAUCAAGGAAGCAAGAACUCCGGAACUAGAAAAAUGAAAACUUCCCUCUUAUUCUUUUUUUAAAAACCUUAUUGUUUUCAGCCAAGAAUUGUUAUAGCCCUUUAAACUUUCAAAAAGAAAAAGAACAUUUUCCAAAUCUAAAUUAUCUAGGUGUGGUUUGCAAUUGUUGCUUUCCAUUGAAGGCAGAAAUAGAAAGCAAACUGAAAAAUUAGAUGGCUGAGGAUGCUGUCUGAAGCAGUUUAAAGGAUUCAAGCAGGAUGAUUUGAGCAGUCAGAACAAAGAGUGAUGGACUGUACUUGACUUAAAUCUGUGCUACAAUUAGUUGUUUUUCCUUGCAGUAAUUACUGUGAAUGAACAUUAAGGUGACCUAUAUCUUCCAUUUUUCCCCAUAACACAAAAUUCAGAUGUUGCUCUCUUUUUUUACAUUACAAGCAAUGCAUGCAGUAUUGCUCAGGAGCCUUUAUCCUCCUCUAAGUGAUGAAACUGGGGGAUUGGGAACUAUGAACACAGGACUUCUCUGUUUUUAAAGGUCUGCAUCAUUAAACCAACUGCACAGUCCCAAGAAGAAAUACAGAGUUGCAGACAGAUGCAGUAUUCAUUGAUUACACAAAAGCCUUCGACUGUGUUGACCAUGAUAAGCUUUGGAACUGCCUCAACUGGAAUAUUACACCACAUUCAGCCCCAGUCAUUGUACUCUGAUCAGGAAGCUGCUGUAGAAAUGGAAUAUGAAGACACAAAAUGAUUCAGAAUUGGAAAAGGCACUUGACAAGGUUGAAUCUUGUCAUCUAUCUUAUUCAACAUGUAUACACCAAUAGUUAUGAGAAAUGCACAUUCAGAGAAUCUACCAUUGGGGUUGAAAUCAAUGAUAUGAAUAUCAACAACCUCCAAUAUCAGAUGAUACAACAUUGCUCGCAGAAAGCAAGGACGAUCUGGAGUGGCUAAUCCUAAGAGUCAAAGAUGAAAGUGAAAAAAUUUAGACUGCACCUUAACAUCAAGAAAACAAAGUUAAUGACAACUGCAGAGAACAUGCAGGUCAGAAUGCAGAUUAGUGAGACCAUCAAAAAGGCACAAAUUCCCCAGAGGAAAAAAUAUUCCAAGUAAUCAAAGUAAACAUUUUCCUAGCAAAAAAUCUGCAAUUCACCUUGUAUGAGUUAUAUGCUGCCUACUAACCCAGAAAAAAACCUGGAACAGAAUUUGCAAGCAAGGAAAACAAAAAAGUUGGAGUUGAAUUUGGAGGAUCUGGGCCUGGAAAUGCCUCAGCCCAGUGUGAGUGGAAUGGAUCCUCCAUUUGGAGAUGCCUUUCAAAGCCACAUGUUUUCGGAACAGAGACUGAUCAGCACAGAUCUCUUGGCUAAUAAUUCUGACCCAGAUUUCAUGUAUGAAUUGGACAGAGGAAUGGAUUGCCAACAGAGUUCCAGGGACAAUCUGCUUUCUGUGGAGGACUGUAAAGAAUUUGAGAACUUAGAGACUCUUACUGACAUUCUGGAUACUGAAAUGUCUUUCCCUGCCAAUUGGGAUCAGUGGGAUACUUACUGUGAAGAUUUAACAAAGUAUACAAAAUUAACCAGCUCUGACAUUUGGGGAACAAAAGAGGUGGACUAUUUGGGUCUUGAUGAUUUUUCAAGCCCGUAUCAAGAUGAAGAGGUAAUAAGUAAAACUCCAACUCUGGCUCAGCUCAACAGUGAGGACUCUCAGCCUGUCUCAGAUCCACUAUGCUAUUCAGAGUUGCUGUUCAAUGCAAAACAAACCCAAUUAACGUCUCUGCCAACCAAGAAAAUUACAAGAGCAGCCACCCCAGUUUGUUCAUCAAAAACUGCUCAGGCUGAAGCACCUUUAUCUGAGUUUGCUCACAAAGCAAGCAAGGCGAAUUCAAGCACACAAAUCAUGGUUAAGACCAAUAUGUACAAUAAUGAGAAAGCGAAUAUUCACAUUGAAUGUAAGGAUUAUGUUAAAAAGGCAAAAGUGAAGAUAAAUCCAAUGCACCAGAACAGGUCCGCUCUGAGCCAGGCAAAUGCUGAUGCUGCAAAAGAAAACACCUGCUACUGUGGAGUUGUAGCAAAGAGACAAGAGCAAAAAGGAAUUGACCCCCUUCAGAAUCACAGUGCUCCUGUAUUGCCUUUCAAAGAGACUCAGGCUCUGCUCCUCACGCCACCCCAGGAAGCUCCAGGACUUAUUGCUGAGAAGAGCAACCUCUCUGCUAGCACCUCGGUGUCAGAUCCUUCACAGAAAAAAGAAGAGCAUAAUUAUUCUCUUUUUGUCAGUGAUGGCUCAGCUGAUCAUGCAGGCACAGCCGAUCCUGAUGAGGAUGAAGAUGAUGAGGAAGAGGUGGAAGAUGAAGAUCAUGAUGAAGGCUUUGGAAGUGAGCACGAACUAUCUGAAAACGAUGACGAGGAGGAUUAUGAGGACGAUAAGGAUGAUGACAUCAGUGAUACAUUUUCUGAACCAGGUUUUGAAAAUGAUUCUGUAGAAGAUUUGAAAGAAAUGACUGCAAUAUCUUGUCGAAAAAGAGGCAAGCGGAGAUACUUCUGGGAAUAUAGUGAACAAUUGACGCCAUCACAGCAGGAGAGAAUGUUAAGGCCUUCUGAGUGGAAUCGAGAAACCUUACCAAGCAACAUGUAUCAGAAGAACGGAUUACAUCAUGGAAAAUAUGCUGUUAAAAAGUCACGAAGGACUGAUGUAGAAGAUCUGACACCUAACCCUAAAAAACUGCUACAAAUUGGAAAUGAACUUAGGAAACUGAAUAAAGUAAUUAGCGAUUUGACCCCUGUCAGUGAACUUCCCUUAACAGCAAGACCAAGAUCAAGGAAAGAAAAAAAUAAACUUGCCUCUAGGGCUUGCCGACUGAAAAAGAAAGCUCAGUAUGAAGCCAACAAAGUUAAACUUUGGGGACUCAAUACUGAAUAUGAUAACUUACUGUUUGUGAUCAAUUCUAUCAAACAAGAAAUUGUGAACAGAGUACAGAGUCCUAAAGAUGAGAGAGUAACAAAUAUGAGUCAGAAGCUUGAUGUACUUAUUAAAGACACCCUUGGUCAGCCAGUAUCUGGACAAACUUCAGAAUUUGUGAACCAGGUUUUAGAAAAAACAGCAGAAGGAGAUCCUACAGGAGGACUUGUUGGGCUGCGAAUACCAACAUCAAAAAUUUAACAGACAUAAUUUUAUUCCAUCACACUGAUCAGAGCUCUGCCUGCAUCAUGAACUACUACAUUGUAGAAUUAAUUCUGGUCUGCAUGUGAGUUUAGUGCUGUAUAAAACAGUUUAAGUUCCAUUAUUUUUUUUAUUUUUUUAUAACAAUGUAGUAAGAUAAGUGAAAGCAUGAUAUAAAAUGCUUAAUGGCAUUUUGGAGCAUAAACCUUGUAGAUCUAAAUCUGCUUCUGGCAUAAAUGUAAUGGCUACAUGUUUAUUUUAAAAUUAAGUUUAUCUAGGACCAGAUUAUAUAACUUAUGUAGAAGCAAAAUGUUUUUUGCAAAGAAAAAAAUUAGUAAAAUGCCAAACAUUUUGGCAGGUUUAUGCUCUUAAGUUUAAAAAAAUGUAAACUCAAUGAUUUUUUUUCAAAAAUUGUUGCUUUUUUUCUUUUAAAUUAAACAAUAAGUUUUCUUUGUAACCUAACCUGUAAAUAGCACACUUAGCAAUAAAGCUAGUGUGCCAUAUAAAAAAACAUAUAAUUUUCUGAGCUUGAUACGGUAUUUAAAUGUCUGUGCAAGUAAGAAAUAAUGUAUACUCUUUGUGCCUUGUAUUGAAUAGGGAGGGGGGGAAGGGGAAGAAUAAAUAUGGAAUAGUAAAAAUUUUGUAGGAUGAAGAAACUCCUAAUGGAGAGAAGAUAUAUAGAUGGUCUCAUGGGUUUUAAUGUAUUUGUUCCAGCUCUUACAAAUUUUUGAAUGUAUAUAGGAAUAUGUUGAAAAUGUAGAUAUGCCACAGAGUCUAUGUAUUGUAUAAAAGAUGGCUCUAGAAAAAUAAUUUUCGGUACUUGGCCGGAAGAAAACAAAUACUUGCACAUUAAUGCGAUUGUUUAUUUUUGUACCAAAGACAAAUGCAACUGAAAUGGCAAACUGCCAGUUUAAGUAAAGUUUUGCACAGCUUACAUGAUACUGUACUGAAUGUAUAAAAAGAAAAAUAACUUAAAGGUCAGGGUUAGGGAUCUUACUGAACUGUGAAUUUCUUUCUCUUUGGGUCCAAUUAUCUACAGAAAGAGCAUUCAUACAUUAUUAUUUUGCUGAUCCUCUAGUUUGUUCAUAGUAGAUAAAUUGGCCAUUUAGAAGACUGUAAAUCCUUUUUUUGUUUUCUGCACUUAUCGUAGAAAUUUUAAUAUAUUUGGAUUUUAGUAAGCUAUUGAUAAAACAGAUUUCAACUUUGGGAAUUAGAAAAUUUAGCUUGUAGUAUACUUCCAACCAACCAAAAUAAAAUUAUUUUUAUUGUAAUAUGUAUAUAUGUAAAAAAAAAAAAAAGCUACAAAUAUUUAAUUCCUUAGUUGCCACUUUUCCAAUUGUAUUAUUGUGCAUGUGAUGUUUCCAAGAAUCAACACAGGCGGGGGGGAAAAAGAAUUUCUAGAUUUUAUAUUUUUGUACAGAUAUUUGAACUAGCUUCUUCAAACUUAUAUGUGACUUAUUGUUAACUCAUAGUUUCUAUGAUUGGGGGAAUACAAAUGUGUGUGCAGUUUGCCUCACAAGAGUUUGCUUUUAGUCAGUGUUAAAGUACCAAUGAAAAGCUUUAUCUCUUAAGGAGAGAGUUAUUUAUGUUAAGACAGAAUCAUUAUAUGGUUUCAUGAUUGCCUUUCCUCCCCCUUUUUUGAUAUAGAUGACUACGUAACACUGUUUACUAAAAUACCAAAUAAUUUAGAUGUAGCUCCAAGAAAAUGCAAAAAGCUCAUGGAUUUCCCUCUCCCCCCCCCCCAAUUCCUUACAUACAUUUUGUAAUGCAGUUGUUGCAUCUCAAUGGAUUAUUCCUAAAUGGAACCUAACACUCAUUUUUUUAAGUUUGAAAGAUUGGAAAAUGCCAAUAUACCACUACAGAGUUCUACCAUCCUACAGCUUUUUCCUUUUUAAUGUCUCUCAAAUCACUGUUUAUUGCCAUUUACUUUGUUUAAAAAGACAUCUGAAGUAUUUGUAAGACGUCACUAGAAAUUUGCAUGCCCUGAUGGAGCAGGAGGAUUUUUAAGAUAAACUGCAGCCAAAACAACAUUGGCAGCUCAGUAAUGUGCCUGACUUAACACUUGUGUGGAGCUUUUGUCUUCUGAGUAUUUUAUAUCCAUCUACCGUGAUAUACUGGAAUAGUGUUGAGUUUCAUUGGUAAAUGGCAUUUAAAUACCGUUCAUGCUAAGAUUCUAAUUCUGAAUCAGAAUAGCAUGAAAAAGAUAUAUUCUACAAUAAAAUACAGCUAUUUUCUAAUCAGGAUUUAUUUAGCAAGAUUAUACUGACAGUAAGAUAUACCCCUUUGAAGCUCAGUUUUCUCUGAGCUAAUACUGCUUUUGCAGCUUGUAUGUGUGUGGGUGUGUGUAUGCGUGCGUGCAUGUCUGAAAACUGGUAUGAUUUUGUUCUAGCAAUGAAAAGAGACUUUGACCCUUUUUAGUGGAUUCCAUGCCCUUGCAUUUCAGUGUUUUCUAUGUAUUAAGUUAUAGUCAAAAAGCUUUUAAAUAGUUGAGCUUUUUAAUGGUGACACUUUAUUUUGUAUCUAUUUAUAUAUGUAUGUAUAUCUUAGAAAAGCACUUUGUUUAAAAAAAGAAAAAAAGAUAUUGCAUUUUAUAUGAUUCCUGCCAUUUGCUGCUAACUCUGGGCUGGUCAGGAUGCUGCAGCGAUACUUGAUCUAAAUAAAACCUGGCAGUAAAAUGUAGAGUAAAGUUAAGACCUUUGCUGGUUUAAUCUUAUUGUAAAGAUGACAUAGGCAAGCUGUGCAACUUUACAUUUUAACCAGGAGACUCUGUGGCAUUUAAAACAGUCUAGAAAUGGUUGUACUUUUAAUGCCAGUAACAAUCUGCUUCCUCUAGUGUCAUUAAAUAUACGUUUAGUGUAUAAUUAUCACAAAGAUUUUUAAAACCCAAAUAUUCAUGUUUUGUUUGGGGAAAAUGUGGCAUGCAUUUUUGGCUGAUUAUCUUUAGAAGAGUUCUAAAGGUUUUCAAACUUCAUACAUGGAAUGUGGAUCUUAUUGAAGUCUUUGGUCAUUUUAAGCAUAGAUGUUGUGGAUAUUCUAAUGUCCCUCAAAAGCAGUUAUCCAUUUUUUUAAAAGGCCCUAAAUUCUCUUUCAUACACUGGAUAUUUUAGAGUUCAUUUCCAUUGAAAGCAUGCUCUUGCUAAAAAAUUGUCAGUCUGAAACUGAGUGCCACACUUUUAUUUUUUGAAUGGCUAUGAUGAACUACUUGCUCUGUACCAUGUAUGGUUCUUGUCCUUUAUCCACUUACUCCAUUGACAGAUUAUGAUGUGGCUUUAUAUUGUGCCUUACUUGUAUAUUAGAACCAAGUUUAUUUUUCAUUCCCCAGGAUUCCUUAAACCCUUUUAGAAGCAAACAACAAUUAAAAUAUAAUAAAGGAACUUCAAAUAGAUCUGAUUUAAAAUUAUAUUAAUAGUUUGUACUGGCAUAGAGUGACCAAUUUUUAGUGGUCUUGGAAAAUAGGGUUUUUAUAAUAAUUCCACUAUAUCUCUUAACAACAGCUUCUCUGUCUCUUUUAUUGAGUAAAUCUUGGUAUUUAAUUUUCUGGGGCUCAGUACUAGUCUUUGAACUAAUUGAGAACUAGUUCUUUCAUGCUACUGUGGCAUCAGUGCAAACAGUGAAACUGUUGUAGGACUUGGGCAAAGAUAUACAUACUUCAGUAGUCUGGUAAUUUAUUUUUAAAUUUAAGUUGAAAUGUACUGGAGAAAGAGCAAAAACUUCUAUAAUAGAUUAAAGGUCUCUUAAACUUAAAAGCAACAGACAUUUCUCAAAUACCGUACUGUCAGUGUGAGUUUCACUUAAGUCUGUACCACUUUUCUGAUGUUUGCCUUUGUUAAUAAAUCUGCUUGUUUAUUCACAAAUGUCAAUAACUGAUGUAUGGUUUCUCUUACGUAAGUCUUAUAAAUAUGACUAGUUUUAAAGCAUUAAUAUUCUCCUACUUGUUUUUCAUGGGUUUUCUUACAAGUUGCCUUCAGCACAAAUAGCAGCCAGUCGGUUCCUUGAUAUUUAGCAGUCUUCCUGUUGAAUUCUGUUGAGGCGCAGUCACAAGACAUUGUACAAACCUUUAGGCUUUGAGGCCUGAAUUUCACUCCUGUCUACUCAAGUUGUUUUUUUUUUUUAAGUAAGGCUUUAGGUGUAAAAUCAUGUAUUUUAAGUCUGCUAUCAGAUGGAAAGUUCUAUUUUGUAUAACUGAAAACUGCACUAAAAUGCAGUGUCUUCAGCUUUUUCUUUUGUUUUUAUCUGAAGGAUUGAGCAAAUUAUAUUUCAGUCAAUUACUAAUCCAAUUUCUUUAAUAAAUCAUGACAUGUAAGGGCAUUACACAAUAAUACUUAGGUUAUUUCCAGAGUAAACUGAAUGCUUUGACAAAUGGCACUUUAGCAUAUACUUCCUUCAAAGCAUUCUAACUUGAUUGGAUCUCAGAGGUAUUUACUGUUUAAUUUUCCUCCAUUAUUUUGGGUGAUACGAGUGUUCAUGCAGUGAAAUGCUUAGCCUCUUAAGAUGUUAGGAACUUCCAUAAGAAUAUACUGGUCACUCCCUAAUCCUAAGCAAACAUGCUUUAAAUAUCCCAUUUUACAUGGAAUUUACUACACUAUUGCAUAUAGGGCUGUAGCCUUAACUUUUUCUAAAAUAGAAAGUUUGACCCUAAAUUAAAUCUAAGUAUGUUAUAUUUAAGUCAACUGAUCUUCUAAUCUACCAUUUUAUCAGGAACUAACUCCAGUGCUAUAAAGAUCAUCUCGAUCAUCACAAUGUUUUGAAUUGUUUCUUGGUAUCAAGCUUCUAAUCUAGUACGGUCAGGUACUGUUGGUAUUUUUUGUGUAUUAAACAAAAAUAUAUUUAUUUUAAACAUAAUUAUAAAAGAUGUUAAAUAUCUAUUGCUUAAGAGUUAAAAGUACAUUAUUUUGAUUUCCCGUUGAUUUCAUUGGAUCUGCCUUAAGCUCGGAUUCAAACAUUUGUGCUAGCCAUGAAAGUUUCAAUAUGGAAAGACUGAAAUUAUUUCUAACUUCAAAAACGUUUUUAAAAAAUCAUUUCUAGCUUCUAAAAAUAAUGGAAAUUUCUACUGCUGCAGUACUGUUCACCAAUGCAAAAGAAUACCACAUUUAGCAUUGGUUACUGUAGUGUAUUCUACAAAUUAAAUUGUCUUUCCUAAAAUAUACUGAAAAUCUGAUUAAAAUUUAAGGCUGCAGUCUUAGGCAUUCUUACUUGGAAGUAGGUUUCACUGUAUUAUGGGAUGCCUCUGUAAACCUGUUUAAGAUUGGGGAGCAAAUGUGAUAGUAUAUGCAAACACAGCAAAGUUUUUGAAAGGUAAAAUAGUACAUUAAAAAUUAUUGUGACCUUCCUCUACCAGAUGAUGUUUGUAAUGCUGUUAAUGUUCUGUGGUCCAUUUCCAGCUGGAGCUCAGAGAUAUGUAUUGAAGGUCUUGUCUCUGUUUAGAAAAAAAAUAUCCUGUUCAAAGCAUGAUCUGUUUGCAACUUUUAUAAUGUUUAAUGUUGUGUAUUUUUUCCUUUUCUAAAAAACAAAGACACAAUUAAAAUAUUGGUUUGGUUUUUUUCCUGUCAUCCUUGAGCCCAAGCAUUUCUAUUCACAUACAAACUCAUCAAUGUAUGCAACAUCCUUUGUAAUUGAAAAUAAAUUGUGAAGAGAAGUUCUGA